UUGCCUCUGAUACAGGGUGCCAUAAGGAAGUUCUGCUGUGCCUGGUUAGUCAUUAACCCCCCCGUCGAGACUUUACACCCAGGAAGAGCAGAUGGACAGGCUUUCAACACCACUUGCAGCAAACCGAGGAAAAGGAUCAGGGACUUCAUAAUCUGAGGAAGAAGUCAGAUAAAGAUGAGUGAUAUCUCAGAGGAUGAGAAUGAAAUCACGUUCACUGUGAAGUUUCUGGGUCGAGUGGAAGUGUAUCACUCCGAAGGACUGCAGGUUUUGACCGAGGCAGCAGAGGUGUUGAAGUCACAAGACAAGGGCAUAGAGAAGACAAAGAAGAGGAACAAGGUGUCUCUGUUUCUGUCUGUGAGCGGAGUUGACAUCCUGGAGCACAAGACCAAGUUCAUGCUCUACACCUGCCCCCUCUCCUCCAUGUCCUUCUGCGGAGUGCACCAGACCAAGCCCAACGUGUUCGGCUUUGUGGCCAAGCACCCGGCUGCCGACAUGAACCACUGCUACCUGUUCCAGAGCAAGAAGUUUUCCCACCUGCUGGUGUCUGUGAUUGGGGACGCGUUCCAGGCCAGCAGGAGAGACGAGGCGGUCAGUGGCCACAGAGACCUGGUGGUGGAAGCUCUCCGGCACAAGAAUAAGGUUCUGCAAAAGGAAAACAAGGAGCUGAAGAAGAGACUCGCGGCACUGCUGGGGACGGGAGCUGAGAGAGGAGAUUCACACGUGGAAAGCAGAGGAGCUCUGAAUAUUUUCAAAAAUCAAAUUGCCCCUGAGCCCCCCCUUCAGGGUCACAAAAUGAGCUGGCUAAAGCACAUGGCAGCAGUAAAAGUUAAUGCUGAAGAGGACAGCGCCCCUUUGGUGAGAAAUGCAUACAUUCAACAGAAGGAGUGAAGAAUGAAACUGGAAUAACCCAAAUAAUGCUGAAAUGCAGAAACCCUGCACCUGUACCAAAGACUUCUCCCAGUUCUGUACAGACCUGAAUGCUAAACAUGCAUUCUUAUUCCUCAUGAGAUCAUGGUACUGGAAGCUGUUCGAUUUUGAAAUGUUGAAAAGUCCGUUUAUUUGAAUUUAAAGUACUUGAAUGACAAAGCUCUCCGACUGUGUGUAAAGUUUUUUUCCUUGUAAAGGUUUUAACAUUCAGGUUGUCCAUUUACUUGCACUGCAAUCAGCACUUUGUAUAGGUUGUGCUGGUGUUCGUUGGCAUGUGGUUCUUGUUUGUCACUUGUGAAUAUUUAAUAAUUAUUAAUAUUAAUAAAUAUAAUUACAUUAAAUACA